AGUCCAGGCUAGUGAGCGAUUAAAAAACCAAUCCAAAGAGCUGAAAGACGCACACUGUCAGAGGAAACUGGCCAUGCAGGAGUUCAUGGAGAUCAAUGAGCGGCUAACAGAAUUGCACACCCAAAAACAGAAACUUGCUCGCCAUGUCCGAGAUAAGGAAGAAGAGGCGGACCUGGUGAUGCAAAAAGUUGAAAGCUUAAGGCAAGAGCUGCGCAGAACAGAAAGAGCCAGAAAAGAGCUGGAAGUUCAUACAGAAGCUCUAGCUGCUGAAGCAUCUAAGGACAGGAAACUGCGUGAACAGAGCGAACACUAUUCUAAGCAACUAGAAAAUGAAUUGGAGGGACUGAAGGUAUGUUUUGAUUUCACACUUAGGAAGCUUAAUUAAUUUUCUUCUCUUCAGGCUUGAUGGGAACGUUAGUUUAAAUCCUCUCCAGUGUAGAAUGAAAACUGGCUGUUCUGCAAACCUACUAUUCUUUCUUUAUUUUUUUUUUUUGGCAGAUAGCCUGUAUGGGGAAAACCUACUAUUCCUAAUUCUCAUUCUUAUUAGUAGGAAGCUGAUACAGAUUUCCUAAUCAUUCUGAAGAAAAGGGAGGACCACAUUUAGUGGGGAGUAGGAAUCUACCAGGAAGGA